AUGGCUAACAAACAUCUUAUUCUACUCAGCUUCCUCUCUUUACUUCUCGUGGCCAACCACGGUUUGGCCACCAACAAGGCUGAGGGCACCAUCGAACUCGUGACCAACAAACCUGAGGCCAUCGGUUACGAAGGGAGACAGAGCCACACUCGACUGAGGGAAGCUCGCCAGUGCCGUCUCCAACAGAUCUCAGUGAGUCAACCUAGACAACGCAUUCAGUCGGAGGGUGGAGUGACCGAGUUCUGGGAUGAGAACGAGGACCAGUUCCAAUGCACUGGAGUUGCAGCCAUGAGAAAUAUCAUCCAACCUAACUCCCUCUCUUUGCCCAAUUACUCUCCAUCGCCACGUCUCGUCUACAUUGAACGAGGUCGAGGGUUGCUUGGAGUAACCUUCCCAGGCUGCCCAGAGACAUACCAGUCAUCAAGAGAUGAACAGUCUUACAGGGGAUCAUCAAGGAGAGGCGAUGAACAGUCUUACAGGGGAUCAUCAAGGAGAGGCGAUGAACAGUCUUACGGGGGCUCAUCAAGGAGAGGAGGUGAACAGUCUUACGGGGGCCCAUCAAGGAGAGGAGAUGAACAGUCUUACAGGGGCUCAGAGGGUAGUAGAGGAGAACAAGAAGAAUUGAGGAGCGGGGAAGACCAGCACCAAAAGAUACAUCGCGUACGCGGAGGAGACCUCGUUGUACUUCCAGCCGGUGUAGCCCACUGGUGCCUUAACGACGGGAAGGAAGACCUCGUCGCUGUCUCCGUCAACGACCUUAACAACCAAGCCAACCAGCUCGACCAGAAAUUAAGGUCGUACUACCUAGCCGGGAGCCAAAACCAAGAAUCGCAGAGGGGCCAAAGCUAUGAAUCACAGAGAGGCUCACAGAAAGGGCCUCAACAAGGAAGUGGGGAGAGUGACACCUACCAAAACAUAUUGAACCCCUUCGAUGAGAACUUGAUGGCAGAUGCAUUGAACGUUGAUGUGGAGACAGUGAGAACCAUGCGGAAGGAGGACGGUAGGGGUUACAUCGUUAAGGUGAGAGAAGAUAUGAGCGUAAUCCGCCCUGAUGAAGACUAUGAAGAAGACGAUGAAAGAGAAAGAGAGAGAGAAAGAGAAAGAGAGAGAUACAUUAAGAGGCGAGAAGGAAGCAGGGGAACAGGCGAGCGUAGAUACAUUAAGAGGCGAGAAGGAAGCAGGAGAACAAACGGACUUGAAGAAACCAUAUGCACCGCAAGGAUCCAUCAUUACCUGGACAAUCCCAGAGAAGCUGAUGUUUACUCCAGAGACGCUGGACGCCUUAACAUCGUCAACAUGCUUAAGCUCCCCAUCCUCUCUUACUUGGACUUGAGCGCUGAGAAGGGCGACCUCCUCCCGAAUGCCAUUCACGCGCCGCACUGGUUGAUGAACGCGCACAGCAUCUUUUACAUAACGCGAGGGGAAGCGCAAGUGCAGGUCGUUGGGAACAACGGACAGAGGUUGUUAGACGACAGGGUCAACGAAGGCGACAUAUUCACCGUACCACAGUACUUCGCUGCGACCUUUAGGGCUGGGAGUGAAGGAGUGGAGUGGGUAGCUUUCAGGACAUCAGCCUUGCCCAUAAGUAACCCAGUGGCAGGGUCCACUUCGGUGUUUAGGGGAAUGCCCGCCCAAGUAAUUGCAGAGUCUUAUGGGAUCGGACUCCAGGAAGCCCAGAACAUCAAGUACGGAAGGCAGCAACACACCCUGCUUCUGCCUCCUGGCAGGAGAUCCUCUAACUAAGGAGGUUGUUUUACUAUUAGAGAGUGUAACUCCUACGUAAUAAGGCGUGUGUAGAGAGAGACAGAAUAGAGAGAUGAGAAGGGGUUUCCUUCCUUUCCUUCCUCUAAUAAAGGCCUUUUGAUGUAAUCUAUCAAUAAAGAACGUAAGUUUGGUAUUUUCAAGUCUUUUUUAUCUGUUUUAUUUUCUCCUUAAUUCUCUUUUAUGGAUUGUGGUUUUCAAAAAUUGCUCAUCUAUCACUAAGCUCACUCAUACGAGUCUUUGGUC